AUGGCCGUGGGCACAUCCUCUUCGAUGCUCGGCGGCGCUCUCCUCCUCGUACUUGUCCUCUCCUCGGCCAUUGAUGUUCACGGCGGGUCAAGCUCCAGCGCCGCGCCACGUUCCCCGCUGGACGAGCUCUGCAUCGGCCUAGGCGGCUGGUACGUCACGCCGGACACGUGCGUGUCCGCGCUCUGCAUUGACCCCUCCUGCCGCUCCGCACGCGGCUUGCCGGAGCUCGCGGUUCUGGCCACCAAGCUGACGGUGGCCAACGCCACAGUAGCCAAAACCAGCAUCGAGUCUGCGCUCGCCCAUGCCAAGAACGUCAAGGCCAGGAAGGUCAUGCGGUCGUGCCUGCAGCUCUACGUCGGCGCCGUCCCGCGGCUGCAGUGGGCGGCGCGGUCGGUCGCUGCGGGGCGAUAUAGCAGCGUUCCGGACGUGCUAGAGGCAGCCUAUAGGGACGUCUCACAGGGGUGCAGCAGCUUGGCCGGCGAGGUGGCGCUUCCCAAGGAGAACAACGAGUUCUUCAUGAUGGCCUUCGUCGUGCACGCCGUCGUCGAUCGGGUGCAGCGUAUUAUCGGCUGA